GUGUGCUGGCGGCGCGGGAUGCGGGGCUCACGUUCAUGGUCGGGGGCAGCGAGGCUCGUUACCCGGACGCAGAGAAGCUGCUGGGCGUGAUGGGACGCAACGUGGUGCACUGCGGCGGCGUCGGCACGGGCGAGGCGGCGAAGAUCUGCAACAACAUGCUGCUGGGAAUCUCGAUGAUCGGCGUCUCGGAGACAAUGAACCUCGGGAUCAAACUCGGUCUCGACCCCAAGCUACUCGCGAAGAUCCUGAACAUGAGUAGCGGCCGUUGCUGGUCGAGCGAAGUCUACAACCCGUGUCCCGGCAUCGUCGAGGGCGUCCCGUCCAGCCGCAACUACGAGGGAGGCUUCGGCAGCGCCCUCAUGCUGAAG